UGAUCGACUUCCAAGUGACUGAUGCACAAGUCAAUGACUAACAACUGUACUUUUAGGCUGUUAACUACGGAGCUAAAGGCGCCGAGCAAUAUGCAUUGGCUGGCGACGUGGGCGCUGAGUCUUCAGACUCAUCUGAAGACUUUGACGUCACAAAUGCUCCUGAAGACUCUGAUGAGGAUAUAGACCCAUCAACAAAAGCUGAGCGAGAAGCCGAAAUUUUAUCGAUGCGACAAAUCGAUUCCAAAAAGAGCCGAGGCCUUGCCUCUUAUCAAGAGCAGCAAGCUGACCCUAAACAAAGGCAUAGCCUCCCACUUAUGGGUGUACCACCAGGGGCACCAACGCCUGGGGUGCCUCCGCAAACGGGACCUCGUAAGAGAGGCAGACCCCGAAAGUCACUUGUCGACCCCUACGGCAAUGUUAUGACUACCAAUAAAGGCCCUCAAGCCCGAUCACAAACAACUGAACAGCCAAUUACCCCUGCUUUAGCAUAUAAAACAGGCUACGGCAAUGGCAAUGAAGUUUUAAGCGGUGAGGCAAGACGCCAACAAACUCGCGAACACUAUGAGCAGUAUAUCGCUUAUCGCGGUCGAGCACCCCCCAUUCAAGCGCAAGCGCAAGCGCAGACUGGAUUCGAGUAUGUCUCUCGCCUUACCUCCGAAGCGCAAGUCCGUGUAGCGUUGGAUUACGUUGCACAUGCCCAGGGAAAUGUGUCAAUGAAAGAGCGACACAUUGCUGCCCUGUUUCACAGAUUAGAACAAGUGCGGAUACAAAGCGGCAUUUCGCAGAGUUGAAAUGCUCACUCACCGCCAGUAAGCAUGAGAAAAGAGAGAAUGAUAAUGACGGUAAUGUUUU